CCCGUCGCUUAUCCUCUCUCUCUCUGUUCCGUCUCUUUCUCUCUCAUAAUUUUGCCUUCUCACUCUCUCACUCACUUCCAUACUCGCACUUCAAAGCACAGCAGCAGAGCUCUCUCUCUCUCUCUCUCUCUCUAUCUUUCUCGCUCAAGACCGCUGGCCUUUUCCUCUUCUUCUUUCUCUCUCUCUAUCUAUUCUUUCAAGAAGCCUCGCCAUAAUCGCCCGAAGAGGAAACCCUAGGCGCAGCGCUUCAGAUCUGCGCUUCCCCAUUUCUGGAGCUCUUGUUGUUGUUGUUGUUGUUGUUGUUGUUUCAUUGAGAUGCAUUCCUCGGUGGCGGAGCUGUAGCUGAGAUUUUGAAAUCAGGGGGAAAUGUCCGGCUCCGACCCGAAAGCCCGACCGAAGCCCGGCCCGUGGCCACCAGCACCGGACGCGUCCCCAUUGCCGCCGGCUACCUGGGCUAAGAAGACCGGCUUCCGCCCCAAGUUCUCCGGCGAGACCAAUGCCAGCGAUUCCGGCCAGAUUUCUCUGCCUCCAAGGCCCAGAGAGCACCGGGAUGCCCAGCCCGAUCUCGAGGCCGGACGGGGACGGCCUGCGCCGGCGUCGGCGGUCCCGUCGCCAGCUCCCACGCCGUCGCCGGCGCCAGCUGCAGUUGCGGUGCCUGCUCCUCCAUCUGGACGGGCAGGGGCAGGGGCUGCCCCUGCUGUGAAUGGGGGGACGGAGACGGUGGUGCCACCGUCGGCAAACAACAAGAAGGAUCAGUCAGUGAAGAGGAGGAGGGAUUCCGACGGCGGAGGCGGUGGGGCUCAUAGAAAGCUACCGUCGGGUGGUAACGGAGGAGCAAAUGGGCAAGGGAAUUCGGAAGGCGGGGCGAGGAGAGCUACGAGGAACGACGAAGUAAUUGAUGUGUUGCCUCAGGAAGAUGAAGGUUUCCCGGCAAGGCAUUCGCAUAUGAAGUACGAGCUAAGGGACACACCGGGCCUUGUUCCAAUUGGUUUCUACGGAUUGCAGCAUUACCUCUCAAUGUUAGGCUCGUUGAUUCUAAUUCCGCUUGUCAUAGUUCCAGCAAUGGGCGGUUCCCAAGAGGAUACUUCGAUGGUGGUGUCGACGGUGCUAUUCAUUUCCGGGGUUACCACGCUUCUUCAUACGUCUUUCGGUUCGAGGUUGCCGUUGAUACAAGGCCCAUCGUUCGUCUUCCUAGCUCCGGCAUUAGCCAUAAUCAACUCACCGGAGUUUCAAGGCCUAAAUGGAAAUGUAUGCUAUGUUAAGUUUCUUGAUUGAAUUCACUAUUCAGUUGUUUAAUGUGUCUGAAAGCUGAUUGAUUGUGUGGGCAGCAUUUCAAGCAUAUUAUGAAGCGGCUGCAGGGUGCUGUUGUGAUAGCUUCGGCCUUUCAAACAAUACUCGGAUAUAGUGGACUGAUGUCUAUAAUCUUAAGAUUGAUCAAUCCUGUAGUUGUUGCUCCUACCAUAGCAGCCGUCGGACUUUCUUUCUAUAGCUAUGGUUUCCCUCUAGUUGGUACCUGUAUCGAAAUCGGAGCUGUGCAGAUAUUAUUCGUUAUCAUCUUUUCUCUUUACCUCCGGAAGAUAUCAGUGUUUGGCCACCGCAUAUUCCUGAUUUAUGCGGUUCCGCUGGCUUUGGGUAUCACAUGGGCUAUGGCUUUCCUCUUGACAGAAACAGGAGCCUAUAGUUACAAGGGCUGCAAUGCGAACAUUCCUGCUUCAAAUAUUAUAUCUGAACAUUGCAGAAAGCGGAUAUCAAGGAUGAAGUUCUGCCGUGUUGACACUUCUCGUGCAUUGACAUCUUCCCCAUGGUUUAGGUUUCCAUAUCCACUUCAAUGGGGUACUCCUGUUUUCGAGUGGAAAAUGGCUGUGCUAAUGUGUGUGGUGUCCAUUAUCUCAUCCGUGGAUUCGGUUGGCUCUUAUCACGCAUCAUCGUUGCUGGUGGCAUCUAGGCCCCCAACACCAGGUGUACUUAGUAGGGGAAUUGGGCUUGAAGGUCUCUGCAGUGUCCUAGCUGGUCUAUGGGGUACUGGAACUGGCUCCACAACGCUAACAGAGAAUGUGCAUACUCUUGCUGUGACUAAAAUGGGUAGCCGAAGAGCAGUUGAGUUAGGUGCGUGCAUCUUGAUUGUCUUAUCGCUCGUAGGUACGUCAUCAUCUAUCUCUGUCUCCAAAAGCCUGUUUAAUAAGAAUUCUUCUGUUCAUUGUUAAUUGGAUUCCAUAUGUAAGCAUUUCUUGAUGAGUAUUGGAAAUUUAAGUAUGGGCAUCAAUAAGUGUUGGGACUUUGGAGUGGAUUGAUGUGCCUCUGUUCCCCGUUCAGGAAUUAACUGGUAGUUUUGGUAGAUAAAUCUCACAGAUCACUCUGGUGAAGAUCGUCAGCGAUGUAUGUUAAUAGUGUUGGACUAAUAGUUUACUUACGCUCUCAAUACAAUUUGAUAUUGAGCCCUCGUCAAUCUAUGGGCUUUUACUCUCCUGUUUUCCUAUCGUUCAAUCGAACUGUUGCUUUCAAGGAUUUCAUUUCUUUAUUAUAUGCCAGAAUGUGGUUCGUAAGAGUCUGAAUUUUUUGCUAAUGUACAACAGGGAAAGUAGGGGGGUUUAUUGCUUCGAUCCCACUAGUCAUGGUAGCAGCUCUACUCUGUUUCAUGUGGGCAAUGCUAACAGCUUUGGGAUUGUCGAAUCUACGAUAUAGCGAGGCCGGAAGCUCUCGAAACAUCAUCAUCGUUGGGUUAUCCUUGUUCUUCUCUCUAUCUGUACCAGCCUACUUCCAGCAAUACGGUAUCUCUCCAAAUAGCAACUCGUCAGUUCCCAGCUAUUUUCAACCCUAUGUUGUAGCUUCUCAUGGUCCAAUCCGAACUACAUUUGGAGGGUUGAACUACUUCCUCAACACGCUACUCUCGCUCCAUAUGGUGGUUGCUUUCAUCAUGGCCGUGAUCCUGGACAACACAGUGCCAGGAAGCCGGCAAGAACGUGGUGUAUACGUGUGGUCUGAUGCCGAAACAGCAAGGAGGGAGCCUGCUGUGGCCAAGGACUACGAGUUGCCCUUCAGAGUUGGUCGGCUUUUCAGAUGGGUAAAGUGGGUUGGACUGUGAGAGGGUGAAGGAAGAAACAAAACACAAGAUGAACUCUCAAAUAGGGUUGGGCGACUCUGCAAGUCCAUUUUGCAGCUGGCUUUUCUUUGGCGAAACAGCAACAGCGGAUUUAGCUGCGACUAUGGGAGUAGGUUUUCGUUCAUCACGGACACGGAGAAGAGAAGAGCACCUUAGAUAGCUAGCAAAGUCGGACGACCGAUAAUAGUUAAAGUUAAAAUCCUGAGCUCAUCAACCCUAUUUUUCUCUGUACAUUUUCUGGAUCCAUUGAUGGAUCUGGCCGUGUUGUAAUUUAAUCUCUUAAAUAUUUCUUUAAUUUUGGCCUGUUCAUGUAUCUAUAUCAGUUCUGGUCGUCUUGAUUCAUUUGGAGCAUUUUCUGGGGGAAGGUGGAGAAAUCAGAGUCUUUAAAUCUUUUCUAUUAUUAGUUGUGUAUAUUAUUAUAAAGAAAAAUUCCAAUAUGAUUCUCAGAAACAGUAUGUUCCAGUUCUACUGUCUAGUUUUUACCUUCGAUCAAUGUUCCGAAAAGAAUGCUAAAUAGAGAAGCUAUGAGAGCAACAUUGUAGACCUGUAAUAUUGAAUCUUCAGGUUGUAAAAGACGUAUGUACCGCAGUAUGAAGCAGAGCAGUGGCUGGUGUCAUGUUCUUCGUGGUCGUCAUCAUCGUUUCUGGAAGUUGAGAACUUUGAGGGAGACAGCGAAAGUGGCGAAGAAGACGAAACAAAAU